AUGGCAGCAGCGCCACCGCCGGACCAAGACCAGGCGCGUCUGCUGGAAGAUGCCCUGGUGGCUGUCCGGCAGCAGACAUCCAUGAUGCGCAAAUGCCUGGACACGCCUGGAAAGCUCAUGGAUGCGCUCAAGUGCUGUUCCACCCUCGUCUCCGAGCUUCGAACGAGCAGCCUGAGCCCCAAGCAGUACUACGAGCUCUACAUGGCCAUAUUCGACGCCCUGCGCUAUCUGUCCGUCCACCUCCGCGAGAACCACCCCGUUAACCACCUCGCCGACCUCUACGAGCUUGUCCAAUAUGCAGGCAACAUCAUCCCUCGACUAUACCUCAUGAUCACCGUGGGGACUGCCUACAUGUCGGUGGAGGACGCGCCCGUCAAGGAGCUCAUGAAGGACAUGAUGGACAUGAGCCGUGGCGUGCAACACCCCAUCAGGGGCCUGUUCUUGCGCUACUAUCUGUCUGGCCAGGCUAGAGACUACCUUCCGGACGGCGAGGGCGAUGGCCCCGAGGGCAACUUGAGCGACUCGAUCAAUUUCGUCCUGACAAAUUUCGUGGAGAUGAACAAGCUGUGGGUCCGCUUACAGCACCAGGGCCACUCGCGGGAACGCGAGGUCAGGCUGCGGGAGCGCAAGGAGCUGCAGCUCCUGGUAGGAAGCAACGUCGAGCGCCUGAGCCAGUUGGUGGACCUGGAGACGUACAAGACCGGGAUCCUGGGGCCGCUUCUUGAGCAGGUGGUCCAGUGCCGAGAUGUCCUUGCACAGGAGUACCUCUUGGAGGUCAUCACCAAGGUCUUCCCCGACGAGUUCCACCUUCAUACCCUGGAUCGCUUCCUGGGGGCCGUCUCCCGUCUGAACCCGCAUGUCAAUGUCAAGGCUAUCGUCAUUGGGUUGAUGGAUCGCUUGUCCGAGUUUGCUGAGCGCGAAAGCACCAACAACGGCGGCGAUGAUAGAGCCAAGACCGAGUCGGAUGCGUUGGCCGCCCUGUUGGAGAAGGUCAAGCUCGCAAAAGAGGCGCCCCCCAAGCCUCAGGGGACCGAGGAGGACAGCAAGGGCAAGCAACCAGCAACUGCGUCAGCGGAAGCCAACGGCGAGUCGGCGGAUGACGAGGCAACAGCCGAGGAACCCAAGGAAGGCCAGGAAGCCGACGAAUCCGCGCAGUCUACCACUGCAACGGAGACGGACGCGACGACUCUCAACGGAGCUGAGGCACCAGCUGAUGAGAGCCCAGCCAACGUCCAGUUGUAUGAGGUCUUCUUUGCGCAAGUCAAGAACCUUGUCGAGGCGCAGCACCUCCCUAUCCAGGACGUCAUUGCGCUGCUCGUCUCGCUCUGCAAUCUGGCUCUCAACAUCUAUCCCGAGCGCCUCGACUACGUCAACCAAAUCCUCGAGUACGCCACCGUCAAAACGCGCGAGCACAUGAACAAUGCAGACUUGCACUCUGCGCCCGCCCAGCAAAGCCUGCUGGCUCUUUUGCAAGCGCCUCUGACCCGUUAUGUUUCCAUCUUCACCGCCCUGUCAUUACCGACCUACGUGCCUCUUUUCCAAGCGCAGACAUACCCCACCAGACGAGCUGUGGCCGGUGGCGUGGCGCGUGCCCUGCUCAAGAACCAGACCAAGAUCGAGACGACCGAGCAGUUGGAGAAUGUGCUCGAGGUGCUGGCCGUGCUGAUCAAGGAGGGCAACCAGCCACCACAAGGGGCAUACCCUGCCGCGCAACGGAGGACCGCUGAGACCGACGAGACCAUUGAGGAGCAAGGCUGGCUAGCGCGCAUCAUCCACCUGCUUCAGGCAUCCCACAACGACACCCAGUUCAAGCUACUGCAUAUGACGCGCAAGGCGUAUGGUGAAGGCGGCGAGCGCAUCCGCACCACAACACCCCCACUGGUGACGGCAUCCCUCAGGCUUGCGCGCAAGUUCAAGCUGCGCGAGCACUACGAAGAUAACUGGGAGACACAGAGCAAUGCACUGUACAAGUUCAUUCACUCGUCGGUGAGCACCCUGUACACUCGCGUCAAUGGCGCGGGUGCAGCUGAGAUGGCUCUGCGACUAUUCUGCGCUGCCGGCCAAACGGCCGACUUGGCAGGCUUCGAGGAGGUGGCCUAUGAGUUCUUUGCGCAGGCCUUCACUGUGUACGAGGAGGCCGUGUCGGAUUCCAAGGCCCAGUUCCAGGCCGUAUGCGUGAUUGCCACCGCCUUGCACCAGACACGCAACUUUGGACGCGAAAACUACGACACACUCAUCACCAAGUGCGCCCAGCACGGCAGUAAGCUCUUGCGCAAGCCGGACCAGUGCCGUGCCGUCUACCUCGCCAGUCACCUGUGGUGGGCGACACCUAUUGCGUCGAGGGGAGAGACUGAAGACACGGAGCUCUACCGUGAUGGCAAGCGCGUGCUCGAGUGCCUCCAACGAGCCCUCCGCGUCGCUGACUCUUGCAUGGAGACAGCCACCAGCAUCGAGCUUUUCGUGGAGAUUCUCGACCGCUACGUCUACUACUUUGACCAACAGAACGAAUCGGUGACGACAAAGUACCUCAACGGCCUCAUCGAGCUGAUCCACUCCAACCUCAACGGCAAUCAGCAAGAGUCGGCAUCCAUCGAGCAGAGCAGGAAGCACUUUCACAAGACAUUGGAGAACAUUCAGAGCAGGCAGUACGAGGGUGUGGUGUUGUAUCCUAGUUAA